AUGGAGGCACCUUUCUGUCGUUGUGGAUUGGCAUCAGAUCUCAAGAAGAGCUGGACAAAGGCGAAUCCAGGGAGGAGGUUCUACGGGUGCAGCAAGUAUGGGACAGAUGGGGCAUGUAAUUUCUUCAGAUGGCAUGACCCAGUAGUUGACGAGCAUAUGAAGUUUGUGGUGCUGAACUUUCAUCGUCGGAUUCGGGAACUAGAGAAGAGGCAAAAUGGGCAAGGGUCCAAAGCUAAUGGUUGCCCAGUGUUCAUCUUCAUUGUGAUUUCUCUUGUCUUUUCUUUCAUCUGGAUGGGAUUGGGAAUGUAA